CAUCUGCCUCUCAGCAAGUCCUAAUCCCUAGAUCAAGCGAGGGGGAAAAGGAAAAAAAAAAAACGCAAUCCGAGGUUUCAGGGACAACCAAACGACAAUCCGAUCAAGAAUCCUCAAGUCUCGAAGAAGAGGAAACGAACAUCAAAUGGGGAAGAAAGCUCUACUGAUUGGCUGCAACUACCCAGGGACGAAGGCGGAGCUCAAGGGCUGCAUCAACGACGUCCACCGCAUGCACCGCUGCCUCGUCGACCGCUUCGGAUUCGACGAGUCCGACAUCGCGAUCCUCAUCGACACCGACGAUUCCUACAGUCAGCCGACGGGGGCUAACGUGCGCCGGGCGAUCAAGAACUUGAUUCGCUCCGCUGAGCCUGGGGACUGUCUUUUCAUUCAUUACAGUGGGCACGGAACGAGACUGCCGGCGGAGACUGGGGAGGAUGAUGAUACCGGGUACGAUGAGUGUAUUGUGCCCUGCGAUAUGAACCUCAUCACGGAUGACGAUUUUAGAGCCUUUGUGGAUGAAGUCCCACGUGGAUGUCGAAUUACGAUUGUCUCAGAUUCCUGCCAUAGUGGUGGCCUGAUUGAUAAAGCCAAGGAACAGAUUGGAGAAAGCACCAAGCGCAAUGGUGAUGAUGAAGAAUCCUCUGGCUCCAAAUUCGGUUUCAAAUCCUUCUUAAAAAGGCAAGUAGAGGACGCAUUCGAGUCACGAGGUAUACACCUCCCCCUUGAAGGCCACCAUCAUCGCCACCACCGCCCUCAAGUUGAGGAUGAAAACUAUGAUGACAGCUCUGAGAACGAUCACAUGAAGGACCGCUCUCUCCCUCUCUCCACACUGAUAGAAAUCUUAAAGCAAAAGACCGGAAAGGAAGAUAUUGAUGUGGGAAAUAUAAGGCCAACAUUAUUUGACAUGUUUGGUGAUGAUGCAAGUCCUAAGAUUAAGAAGUUCAUGAAAGUCAUCCUGAACAAACUCCAACAUGGUGGCAAUGGUGAAGGCAGUGGUGGCGGAUUUAUGAGUAUGGUUGGGAGUCUUGCACAAGAAUUUCUCCAGCAGAAACUGGAGUCAAAUGAUGAAGAUUAUGUGAAACCAGCAUUAAACGCAAAAGUCAAUAGGAAACAAGACGUUUAUGCAGGAGCCAAUAAUAAAUCUCUUCCAGAUAAUGGAAUACUGAUUAGCGGUUGCCAGACUGACCAGACAUCAGCUGAUGCAAAUCCUCCAGGUGGUGGAGCUUACGGGGCGCUUAGCAAUGCUAUCCAGACUAUUCUUAAGGAGUCUGAUGGUGAAAUUAGUAACCAGGCACUUGUCAAGAGAGCUCGGAAGAUACUGGCCAAGCAAGGAUUCUCUCAGCGUCCUGGACUCUAUUGCAGCGAUGAUCAUGUUGAUGCUCCAUUUGUCUGCUGAUAGAAGAAUGCUGCGUAUAUUGCCUUAUUUUCGAAGGGAGUAUUAUUGGUGCGUGAAGAGAGUAUUCAGUUACUUGGUGUGUGAAGAGAGUGUUCAGUUAUUUUCUUCUUCAUGGUAUAUUUUCCAAUAAGAUCAAUAGAGGUUGUCCUUGAAUUUAUGUUGUGUACUAUUGUCUUGAACUGCUUGUGGCUUCCCCAUAAUGAAUGAUUAUCUGGUAUGUCUCUUUCUUUUAAUUUGCAUGUAUAAACUAUAAUGUUAUGUAAAGAAAAUCAAUCAAGAGUGCCUGUUUGGAGAACAA